AUGGCUCCACCAGCUGGUUCCCCCGAACUCCAAGCCGAGCUUGCCCGAAUCGCCAAACAGAUCGUUGCCAAUGGUAAGGGUAUCCUCGCCGCUGACGAGUCCACCGGCACCAUUGGAAAGCGACUCAGCUCCAUUGGAGUCGAGAACAACGAAGAAAACAGAAUGACCUACAGAAAGAUCCUCUUUACCACCCCUAAGGGACUCGAAGAAUCCAUCGGUGGUGUCAUCCUCUUCCACGAGACUCUUUACCAGAAGGACAACGAAGGAAAGCGACUCGUCGACAGCUUGACCUCUCGAGGCAUUCUUCUCGGAAUCAAGGUCGACAAGGGUGUCGUCCCACUCUUCGGAUCCCAGAACGAGGGUACCACUCAGGGUCUUGACGGACUUGCUGAGCGAUGCAAACAAUACAAGGCCGACGGUUGCGACUUCGCCAAAUGGCGAUGCGUCCUCCGAAUCCAGGACAACGGCCGAACUCCCUCUCCCCAGGGUAUCCUCGAGAACGCCAAUGUCCUCGCCCGAUACGCUUCGAUCUGCCAGUCUGAGGGACUUGUCCCCAUUGUCGAGCCCGAAAUCCUUAUCGAUGGUGACCACACAAUCGAAGUUUGCCAGGAAGUUACCGAGCGCGUCCUCGCCGCCGUCUACAAGGCUCUCAGCGAUCACCACGUCUACCUUGAAGGAACCCUCCUCAAGCCAAACAUGGUCACUCCAGGUCUCGACUGCCCCAAGAAGGCUACUUCUGCUGAAAUUGCUAACGCUACUGUUACUGCCCUUCGACGAACCGUGCCACCAGCCAUGCCAGGUGUCACCUUCCUCUCUGGCGGUCAGACUGAGCUCCAGGCUACUGAGAACCUCAACUCGAUGAACGUGCUUCCUCAGGAGCUCCGACCAUGGAAGAUCUCUUUCUCUUACGGCCGAGCCCUUCAGGCUUCUGUCCUCAAAGCAUGGGGUCAAGGAUUCGGAAAGACUGAACCCGAGAACGUCAACAACGCUCAGAAGACCCUGAUGCACCGAGCCACUUCAAACAAACUCGCUGCCCUCGGCAAAUACGAAGGUGAAGAAGCUUCUGGAGCCGCCUCUGAAUCCCUCUUCGUUGCCAACCACUCGUAUUAA